CACACCAUCACACACAAAAAAAACUUGCACGUUUCGUUUCGGAAUCUAAAUAAUUUUGGAACGUAAUACAGUUGAAAGAAGCAGCGAAAACCAUGUCCACCGUGAGCGCCGCCAGCGGCAGCAAUCCCAGUCCGCCGGAGAAUGACCGGGUGACCACUGUCCGGCCGGAGCCCAUUUUCCGGGAGAUCAACGCGGAGCAGACGGACGAGGUGGUCGAAAUAGAGUCCGCCUGCAUGCGAUGCUUCGAGACUGGCGUCACCCGGCUGCUGCCCACCAAGAUUCCCUUCUUCCGCGAGGUGGUGCUCAUGUCCUUCAAGUGCGACCACUGCGGCCACAUCAACAACGAGAUGCAGUCGGCCUCGGAGAUCCAGAAGUCCGGCAUUCGCAUCGAGCUGCAGGUUCAGUCGAUGGCCGAUCUUAACCGACGAGUGGUGCGUUCGGACAACUCCAGUGUCAGCAUACCGGAGGUCGAGCUGGAGAUCCCAGUGCAGUCGCAGAAAGGCGAGGUGACCACCGUCGAGGGCAUCAUCGAGCGGACGAUAGCCGGCUUGUCGCAGGACCAAGACAAGCGGCGCAUCGACCAUCCAGAGGCUGCCGCCUCCAUUGACGCCUACAUCGAACGACUGCGCCGGCUGAAGGAGCUGUCCACGCCCUUUCGCCUCCACAUCGAGGACAUUUCCGGCAACAGCUUCGUCGAGAAUCCCCUGGCGCCCGCAACCGAUCCGCAGCUAAAGACAUCGCACUUCACGCGCAGCCAGCAGCAAAACGAGCAAUUGGGCCUUUACGAGCAGAACCACGAGGAUCAGAACUUGCUGAAGCCGAUUGCCGAGGACGAGUGGCCCAUCGAGAAUCUGCACGGCGAGGUGCUGCAGUUCCCCACCAACUGUUCGAGCUGCCAGGCGCCAUGCGAGACGAACAUGAAGCUGACGAACAUCCCGCACUUCAAGGAGGUGGUGAUCAUGGCCACCGUCUGCGGUGCCUGUGGUCACAAGACCAACGAGGUGAAAUCCGGCGGCGGCGUGGAGCCGCAGGGCGUACGCUUCCGGGUGCAGAUUGCCGGCCGCGAGGACCUCACGCGCGAUGUGCUCAAGUCGGAGACGUGCAGCCUGUCCAUUCCGGAGCUGGAUCUGGAGGUGGGUCCGCAUGCCCUGUGCGGACGCUUCACCACCGUUGAGGGUCUGCUGGUGGCCAUGCGGGACCAGCUGGACGGCACUCUCUUCCACGAUUCGGCGGACGAGGCGACCAAGCAGCAGAUGGAGCAGUUCCUGGGCACCUUCGACGAUGUGAUGCAACUGAAGCGCAUCAUUACGCUGGUGCUGGAGGAUCCGGCGGGCAAUACCUAUGUGCAAUCGCUCAGUGACGAUGACUCGGAGCCGGAUGGGAAGCUCUCGGUGGAGCGAUUCGAUCGCUCCUUCGAGGACAACGAACAGCUGGGUCUAAACGAUAUGAAGACGGAGGGCUACGAGCAGGAUGCGUGAUGAUGACCGGCCUGGAGGUUUAACUCUGCUGCAUUUACCAUCAGCUUAAGUCACACAAAGGUCACGUCUAGGCAAUUACAUUUCAAAUUACAAAUUAUAUGCGUUUUUGCUUAUUUUUGAUCCUUUUUAUACAUGUUACUCGUAGGCAAGAAAAUAAAGAUCAUUUUAAAUUA